CAUCGCCGCCCGCCUCCCCGGGCCCAACGUCUCCGCCGCCGGCUCCGCGCCGCCGCCAUGGCCGACGUGGAAGACAGCGAGGAGUCCUGCGCCCUGUCCUCUCACUCCGGGAGCGCAGGCUCCAAGUCGGGAGGUGACAAAAUGUUCUCUCUCAAGAAGUGGAACGCGGUGGCCAUGUGGAGCUGGGACGUGGAGUGCGAUACGUGCGCCAUCUGCAGGGUCCAGGUGAUGGAUGCCUGUCUCAGAUGUCAAGCUGAAAACAAACAAGAGGAUUGUGUUGUCGUCUGGGGAGAAUGUAAUCAUUCCUUCCAUAACUGCUGCAUGUCCCUGUGGGUGAAACAGAACAAUCGCUGCCCACUUUGCCAACAGGACUGGGUGGUCCAAAGAAUUGGCAAAUGAGAAUGGUAGAAGACUUUCUUAAUGCAAUUGUUUGAAGCCCUGGUGGAUCUUGUUAUCAGACAUCCUCAAAGACUAGAACACUCCAGGGGACUUAAUUCUUCAAAUAGACAAAGAUGAAUCUGGUCCUUUGGACUCAUCAGAGGCAAGGUUUUUAGCAUUUUGUCUGUUUUAUCUUAAGAAAUUCUCUACAGUUAGGAAGAUAAUUUAUUAAAGAUGGCCUUUCCUACCUCUAUCAAGUACUUUGAAGUGCUAUAAAGGAGGAGAGAACUACAAAUUAAAUGAACUUUAUAAUUUACUUAUUGAUAACCAAGGGGCUAUGGAAGCAGCUCUAUUCAGAAGAGAGCUUUUUGCAUGCUUAUGAUUGGUUGAUGAGUUAUUAAAAAAGCAAUAUUAUAGUAACAAAUAAAGUACAGUUUAAAACUCAAUUCUUAUCCUUAAUUUCUUCUUAAUAUUUAUUUUUGGCGGGAAGGAGGACGAUUCAUGAAAUCUUUAUUUGCUAUGAUAAUUUUAAGUUUGAACAGUAAACAGGGUAAAUAAAAUUUAACCUUUGGGCUAAUGGGAUUUCAAUGGUCUCUUAGGUCAUCAUCUUUUAUCUUCGAAUUAUGAAGAAAAGUAGGUCUAUAUUCACCUCACUGUUCAAUCAUUGAGUGGUAAAAGAAGUAUUUUCAAGUUCUGCUCAGAUUAGGUUGUAAUUCAGCUGUGAUUUAGUUGGAAUGUUAAUGAGGGAAAAAUGUUUACCACUGUAGCAUUGGAUAAAAAAGUUUAUUUUAUUAUACAAUGGUUUAAUAAAUGUUUUGUUCUGUUUGUUUCAUUUGAGCUAUUGUAGUUUUAUAUGUAAUAUUUAAUGUUAGUUUAACUGGUUGCCAAGUGAAUGCUUCAUUUAUUUUGAAAAAAGUAUAUACCUUUCAUUUAGUAACAAUAAAAUGUAAAAUUUAUUAUCUGGAAGCAUGUAAGUGCCAGAAAAUAACUUAAAUUUUAUCAAACUCAUUCACAUUUAAUGGAAGCUAUUUUGUAACAAUUUAAAGUUUUUCAUAAUAGAGGCUACUGCUAUGAAUUAAAAAAAUUAAAAUCUUAACCAUUCACUUCUGUUGUUUCAAAAUUUGCCAGUCAGAAUCUUAAAAGCCAAAAAAAAAAAAUCUCAAAAGUCUAAGGAAUGUUGACACACAGAACAAUGUUUUUUUUUUUAAUGUAAUAGCAGAUUAGAAUUCUGUGGUUUUGCAUUGACUACUAUUAAUCAGAUUUCUCUGGAUAUUUUUGCUUUAUAUAUAUUUUCAAAAUUGUCAACUGAAAAAAUGAAUUGUUUGACAAUUUGAAUGUGUUUAUCAUUGUGCAAUGAAAUAUUUUAGCAGCUUUUUGUUUGACCUUUUAAAAAGGUUGUAUCCAUAAAAUGUGAACCAAGUAUUUGGCUUUGCAGUAAAGAGAGAAAUAGUAAGAAUGUCGAGUUAUUUUAGUCAGUAUGACAGUAUGUGAAUGAAAUGUGAAGGAUGGUGGUAAUAAAUUGAUUUCCCACUCAGCAAAAGUACAUGCCCACCACCUAACAAUGCUCUGUUUCUAUUCUACAUCAGCUUCUGAGGGUAGAGGAGCGGGGGAACUGGGACAAAGGGGGGAACUGGGACAAAGCACCACUGAGCCUGCCCAUCCUGGGAUGUUAUCAGCUCAUCUGCAUAACCAUCUGAAAGUUUAGUACAUAUUGUUUCAUCAGAAAGAACACACUAUGACAUUUAAUUAUGAGUUCCUCUGCAAAAGUUAAGCAUUGAGAAGGUUUUUCUUUCCAUUUCAUUAAGUGAUGUUGGAUUUUAUUUUACUAGUGUUUUAGAAAAGGAGUGUAUUGUUAGCAAUUUAAUUUUCCAUCCAUGCAAGAUACAUUCUUUCUGUUGUUGCUUUUGUUUUGUUCUUUAUCUACAAGUUGCAUCCUUGUGACAACUGACAUCUAAGUCAGUAAAUCUCACCCUGUUAAACCCAUUGCUUCCCUUAUAUUAAAAAUAUGUUCCAUUUUCUAUACUGAAGUGAGAAAUUCAUAAAUGUCUGCACACAAUUAAAAUGUAUAAUUAGAAAUAAAAUAAUUUAUUCAUUUAUGUUUCAGUAUGUAAAUGCUUGGGCAUAGUUACUCAAAAAGACAUAAUGAAGUAGUCUGAGGCAUAUGUAGAGGUGUGUGUGAUCACUCCAUGUGGACAACAAUGUAGACUGUUGAGACUCAGAAACACGAAGUGAUUUCCAUUGAUGAUACUUUGUCCCUCCAAGAUGAUGAAUAUGCUUAGUAAAGUUCUCAACCAGCGUACAAUCUUUUGGUUCACAUGUUAGUUACACAAUUGUAAACUUCAGUGAAUUUUAAAGAUGUGUGAAAGAACUUAAAGAUGUUCAAUGAAUUUUAAAGAUGUGCAAAAACUGAUAUGUUAAAAGAAGUUAGGUUGUAAAAUAAUCUAAAAAUUUUUUUAGUACUUAAAUAGACAUUCUAACAUUACACAGGAUACUGAAUUAUAUUUCAUCGUGUGAGACCCUCAUAUAUUACAAGACACACUUUACUAGACCCACCCCAAAUGUCAGUGGUGCCAUCAAUAUUUGUGCUAUCCAAAGAAAACUCAAAUUUCUAAAACAACCUCUUUCAAGGUGGAAUUGGCUUAUGUGGAAGCAGUGAUUUAAAUGCUUAUAUGGGCUAUUACCAUAUACACCUUGCCACAGUCGCCCAGAAACAUUUUAAAAUGGCACAGUACAAAAUACCUUCAUUAAAAGGUGCAAAGGGUUAGAGUGCUCUCCUAAAAAAGAGGUCAUACAGCCAAAUCUUGCUGACUUGUGCACUCUUCUCCAGAGGUGUGAAAACUCUUAAAAUAGGGUUUGAUACCUAGUACACACACUGUUGGUGAAUAUUCCCUGGGUAGUCUUCCAGGCCUUCAGAAUUGUUUCAUUUAACUUAAUCUAAAGUAGAACUCUUUAGAAUCAGGGAAAAAAUUAAGUUCCUUUAUAAUUUAGUAGACGACUUAUAAAGUAGACUUUAUAAGUUUAAUAGCUAGGUAGCUAUUAAUAAAAUAGAGUAUUAUAAAAAUACUUUGAUGUUUAAAUUACUACCAAAGUCUAACUGAGUGAUGAACAUGGUAUGUUCUGAAGGGAAAAUUAGGUGUGUUUAGUAAGCCCUUAUUUAAAAAAUAUUUUAAGAAAAAAUAUUGCUGAUAUAAAAUAUUACUGAUUUGGAUAGAAGGAAAAUUGGAAUUAAAGUACAAGUGUAUUUUUUAAAUAAGCUAUUUUUUAUUGAACAUUUAAAUAUUAUGACAAAAAUACAUGAGAGAUGUUUGCGUAGAACUUUUGCCAUUUUUAUAUCGUUGGGUUUAGUCAACAAAUAGGUCUUAGGGGGAAAGUAUUUUGACGCUCAGCUAAGUGGCUGACAGUUGAGUGUCUAGAGCCAAGACACCUAGAUUUGAAUCCCAGUGCCAUCACGCCCUCAGAUACCUCAUGUACAAUGUAACACCUACCUCUGGCUCAUUUUGAGGACUGAAGACUAAAUGGAUUAAUACACACAAGACACUUGAGAAAAGUUUCUAGCACAUAGUAAAGGCUACUGUUACUUCGUUUUAGUCAUUUUCGGAAGUUCCUGAAAUAGAAAUGUCCCUUUAAAAAUAAUGUGUUUUUAGAGGUGGGGUAAAGCACUCCUAUUCUCAAAAAUUUGAAAGAACAUUAAUUGUAAACAUGUUAGAUUACUUGUAGGGCUGUGAGGUUCUGCAAAGGAUUGUAGCGCCUUAACGUCUUGCCUGUUACUAAUUUGUCAACAUGAUUUCCAGAUUGUCUAUUAAGAAAAGGCUUAGUAAAUGUUGAGUUCUCGUUUUAAUUUUAGCUUUUCCAUCUUAGCAUGAAAUUCAGGGGUAUAUUUUUGGACCACUGAUUUUGGAGAUAGUCAUCUGAUUUUAAAAAUUAAUCUUUCUUUUACAACCUUUAGAGCAGGCAUUUCAUUUAUAAUCAGCCUGCUGCUUUUUCUUAUCUAUGCACUUGAUAAACCUGAGUCAGUGGUUAGAACCUGUUUUUUCUAGGUUGGCUGCCAGCAGACUUUCCCUGGGUUAUCUAUAGCUGUGAAACAGCAUAGUGUAAGGCUAUAAUUUGGGAGUUCCUCUGCCAGAUUUGGAAUUUUGACUGUCAUUUACCCGCUGUGUGAUUGUGCACAAAAUCGUUAACUUCUUGGCUUAGUUCUGCAAAUUAAGUGGGAGUAACUUUACCUACCUCAUAGAGCUGCUGUGAAGAUUAAAUGAGUUAAUAAUACAUCUUAACUGACCUAUGGCAGUGCCUGAAGCAAAUGCUCAGUAAAUAUUAGCGAUUAUUAUAGAUCACUACUGUAUUUGCUGAGCUCUGCCUUCAUUCUAGAAUGGCCUUUUUAAAAAGUGUAUUAUUUGCAGUGGUGCUCCUUGUGUAGCCACAAACUGAAGAACUGUCAGCAUGAGCUUUUAAGAGUGUUUUUCAGCCUUUUUUAACUGCCUAAAAACCACAUUCCCCUCAGCCACAAUGGGCUUACCCACAUGGUUCCUAAAGUUGUGUGUGCAUAAACAACAGGGCAGAGAAGAGAGUUGGUAAAAGUUGCCCAGAUGAAAAUCUCGGUUACUAAAUGUUGGAACUAAUUAGGCACAGACAAAAAUGUUCUAUGCUAUAUGCAUCUUAUCCUAGCUUCCAAGGAGAUACCUCCUUAAUACUUAAACUACUGAGUCAUGUAGAAAAUGCAAAUGACUUAUUUGCACCAAACGUUUAGAGUAAUCAAAUUCUUGCCAUGAAUGUGACUUUAUAAAUACAAAAUAUCUAUCUAGCAUAGAAUAGGCUUUGUGCGCUUGGUAUAAUUGUCAUCUAACUCAUCCAUCUUCAUUGUAAAUUAACCUCUGCUAUACUAAUUCCUGCUCUGCCUUUUCUAAUUUUUAUACAAAUUUAUAGUUUACAUUUUAAUAAGAAUUUAUUAUUUAUUG